UGGGGCCCUGGUCCCCGAGCAGCCUGGGUCCCGUCUGUCUCACGCUGUGUUUGUCUCGCUGCUUCUCAGCAGGUGGCCACGCAUGAGCUGAGCCGAGCCCGCCGGCCGCCCCGGCGCGCGCAGGAUGGAGGCCAAAGGCGCCGACGGCUCGCAGACGGACCUCAAGCUGGUGGCGCACCCGCGCGCCAAGAGCAAGGUGUGGAAGUACUUCGGCUUCGACACCAACGCCGAGGGCUGCAUCCUGCAGUGGAAGAAGAUCUACUGUCGCAUCUGCAUGGCGCAGAUCGCCUACUCGGGGAACACCUCGAACCUGUCCUACCACCUGGAGAAGAACCACCCCGACGAGUUCUGCGAGUUCGUCAAGAGCAACACGGAGCAGAUGCGCGAGGCCUUCGCCACGGCCUUCUCCAAGCUCAAGCCCGAGGCCGCGCAGACGGCCGCCCAGGACCCGCUGGGCGCCAAGGCCGGCCACGGCCACGGCCACGGCCACGGCCAGGAGAGCAAGCGGCAGCAGGAGCUGACGGCCGCCGUGCUGGGCCUCAUCUGCGACGGGCUGUACCCCGCGUCCAUCGUGGACGAGCCCACCUUCCGGCUGCUGCUCAAGACCGCGGAGCCGCGCUACGAGCUGCCCAGCCGCAAGUUCGUGUGCGGCAAGGCCAUCCCCGAGCGGUACGCGGCCGUGCGCGACGCGGUGCUCAAGGACCUGGCCGAGGCCGCGUGGUGCGGCGUCUCCACCGACCUGUGGCGCAGCGAGAACCAGAACCGCACGUACGUGACGCUGGCCGCGCACUUCUUGGCGGGCGGGCCGCCCGGCUGCCUGAGCGCGGGCUCGCGCUGCCUGAAGACGUUCGAGGUGCCGGAGGAGCACGCGGCCGAGACCAUCACCAGGGUCCUCUACGAGGCCUUCAUCGAGUGGGGCCUCAGCUCCAAGGUGUUCGGCGCCACCACGGACGGCGGCAAGGACAUGGCCAAGGCCUGCUCGCUGCUGGACGUGUCGGUGCAGAUGCCGUGCCUGGCGCACACGUUCGACGCCGCCAUCCGCCAGGCCUUCCAGCUGCCCCGGCUGGGCGCGCUGCUGGCGCGCUGCGGCCGGCUGGUGGAGUACUUCCAGCAGUCGCCCGUGGCCAUGUGCAUGCUCUACGAGCGGCAGAAGCAGGAGGGCGCGGCGCCCUGCAUGUUGCUUAGCAACCGCGUGGGCUGGUGGGGCAGCACGCUGGCCAUGCUGCGCAGGCUCAAGGAGCAGCAGUUCGUCGUGGCGGCCGUGCUGGUGGAGGACAGCAACAACCACCACCUCAUGCUGGAGGCCGGCGAGUGGGCCACCAUCGAGGCGCUGGUGGAGCUGCUGCAGCCCUUCCGCCAGGUGGCCGACAUGCUGUCCGCCUCGCGGCCGCCGACCAUCAGCAUGGUGAAGCCGCUGCUGCACAUGCUGCUCAGCAGCACGCUGGCCAUCAAGGAGGCCGACUCCAAGGAGAUCAGCAUGGCCAAGGAGGUCAUCGCCAAGGAGCUCGCCGCCACCUACCAGGAGGCGCCGGAGAUCGACCUGUUCCUCAAUGUGGCCACCUUCCUGGACCCGCGCUACAAGCGCCUGCCCUUCCUGUCCACCUUCGAGCGGCAGCAGGUGGAGAGCCGCGUGCUGGACGAGGCCAAGGGCCUGCUGGACAAGGUGAAGAACGCCGGCUACCGGCCGCCCGAGGACGGGGCGUUCGCGCUGCCCGAGGAGCCGCCGGCGAAGAAGUCGCUGCUGCCGUCCACGCCGCCGCCCGCCAGCGUCAUCAACAACAUGCUGGCCGAGAUCUUCUGCCCGUCGGGCGGCGUGGAGGACCAGGACGAGUGGCAGGCGCAGGUGCUGGAGGAGCUCAGCAACUUCAAGUCGCAGAAGGUGCUGGGCCUCAACGACGACCCGCUCAAGUGGUGGUCGGACCGCCUGGCGCUGUUCCCCGUGCUCCCGCAGGUGCUGCGCAAGUACUGGUGCGUGGUGAAACGUCCACCUGACAGUACGAAGCGAAAGCGACAGGUGACAAGCGAGUAUCUGAGGUCACUGAGAACGGCUGUUGAGGACGCGCUGACUCAGGCAGAAGCCCACACAGGGUCCCGAUGA